AGUCUCGUAUAAAUGCAGCAUUUACGGGUAAAUUUCCACAUAUAGUUCUUGUUUUCGAUUCAGAAAUGUUAAAAAUGAAUCAUUUAACCUUAAUUGUUCUCGUGUUUACGUUGCAAGCAGUAAUUAGUGCUCAGUUAUUCGAAAUCCAGUAUGACGGAAUAAAACUGGACGAUAUCUUGAAGGAUGAACCUUUAAUGGAAAAAUAUGGUGAUUGUAUAUUAGAUGUGGGACCUUGUACGGAAGAUGGAAAAAAGAUUAAACAAAAUAUCCCUGACGCACUCAAAUCGGACUGCUCGAAGUGCGGUACCGAACAGUCGUACGCCAUGAGAAGGAUCUUGGACUUCUUGAUCGAAAAUCGUAAAGCCUGGUUCGACGAAAUCGCCGAAAAGUACGAUCCCGAAGGCAUUUACUUCAAGGCCUAUCAAGCGAGGAAGAAAAACCAAUGAGAUUGGUCUAAUUCUGUGAUAAUCUUGUUAGACUGACACAUGUAUACUAAAUCCAGUUUCUAAUUAGCAUAUUAUUUCAGUGAUAUCAUCAUAAUUGAUAACGGUACUUUUAUUAAUGUAUUAUUUUAAAUGUGAUUGUUUCUCAAUACAACUGGACUCAUAUAAGAAUAGUAAUACUAAUAAUAUAGUACUUGGGUAAUACAAAAUAAACCAUAUGCACAUAA